UGACAAUGACGGGCAUCGGCGAGCUCGACGACUAUCUUUAUCGGCAGCUGCAUACAUAAAGCACGGCAUCCGAAAGCCAUGGCAGUCGCAUCGGCAAUCCGGAGCGACCAGCCUGAUCUUGCCGUGCAACGCAUUAGUCCAUCAUGGCAGCGGUCGAACUAGUCACCCAGGGGACGGCCUAUGGCCUCCUCAUCGGCCUCGGAGUCCUCUUUUGCGGCGUGAUUCUGGUUGCGAUUCAAGUGCAGAAAGCAUACCUAUCUGAGGACUCGGGUACCUCGGAGAUGUUCAUGGUCGCGAAUCGGUCGGUCGGUACGGGACUGACAGCCUCCGCGGUGUUUUCAUCGUGGAUGUGGAUCAACGAGACGGUGCUGUCGGCUGCGAUGUGCUAUCGGUAUGGAUUGGCAGUUCCACUGUGGUGGGGAUCCGGGCUCUGCUUUCAGAUUGCCUUGAUGGCUGCCCUGGGCGUCAUGGCCAAGAUUCGGGUGCCCCAUGCGCAUACAUCGCUCGAGAUCACUCGCAUGCGAUAUGGCUGGGUGGGACACGUUAUCUACAUGGUCUUGAACCUGACCAACAAUGUGUUUGGCUGUGCCUCCAUGAUCUUGACCGGCUCGCAGCUAAUCCAUGGUGUGUCGGGUAUGAACUUUGUCGCCGCCACCAUCUUGAUUCCUCUGGGAGUGGUUCUGUAUACGGCUGUGGGUGGGCUAAAGGCAACCUUUCUGACGGACUUUCUGCAUACCACUGUCGCUUUAAUCUUGAUCAUCUACUUCACCCUCUCGGUUCUCACACACCCUGCGAUCGGGGGACUGGCCGGCCUUUACGACAAGGUUGUGGCUACCGCGAGCGAAAAUUACAUUCCUGGCAAUUUUGACGGGUCGCUGCUGACGAUGAAGUCAAAAGGGGCGAUUAUCUGGGGGCUCAUCUUGAAAUUCGGCAAUUUGGCUUUGGUAGUCAUGGACACCGCAUUCUGGCAAAAGUCUUUUGCCAGUGAAGUCAACUCGACUGUUCCGGCAUACAACCUGGCUGCAGUAGCCGUUUUUGGAAUUCCCUGGGGCCUGGGCACUGUCAUCGGCCUGUCUGCUCGAGCCUUGCAUCACACGCCCAUCUGGCCCACUUACCCCAUUGACAUUACAACCACCGAGGUCAGUCAGGGCAUGGUGAUGCCAUACCUAGUAAAGGCUCUUCUUGGGGACUCUGGAAUGAUCGCAUUCUUUGUGCUUUUGUUCAUGGCGCUGACCAGUACGGUCUCAUCGUCCAUGAUCGCGGUCAGCAGCAUUCUCUCGUUCGAUAUGUACAAGACGUAUGUCAACCCGAAAGCCAGUGACCGCCGACUCCUGGGGGUCAGUCACCUGGCCGUGGUCUUCCAUGCCAUCUUCAUCACGGGAAUCUCCAUCGCUCUCAAUUAUGGCGGCGCCAAUAUGACGUGGAUCGGUUACUUCCGACCGAUUCUCUCCUGCCCUGGCAUCAUCCCUCUUGGUUUGACCCUGUUCUGGUCUCGCCAGACACGUCUAGCCGCCAUUCUAUCGCCGGUGCUGGGUUUCUUUACCGGUCUCGCUAUUUGGCUCGCGACAGCCAAGUCGCUCUAUGGCGCCGUCAACAUGACAACCACCGGAGAGGAAAUGCCUGCACUUUACGGCGCCAUUGGUUCAUUCUUUUCACCCGCCUUGUAUUCCGUUCUGAUCUCACUGUACCGUCCGUCGACCUUUGAUUGGCGGGAAUUCCUCCGCAUUGAACUUGUCGAACAAACCUCUGAUGCGACGAACACCAUAACCGAAGAAUCCAAGACGGAGGGAGUUUACAUUUCCACAGACGCCAGCCCGUCCUCGACACCAAGCCGUCUCAGCUUGGAUGACAUCCGCCACCCCUUCACGGAAGACACCUUGAAGAACCUCUAUCGGUGGUUAUGGAUCGCGUGGAUCGUGUUUGUUGUCUUGGUUCUGAUUACCUUCGUGUUGUGGCCGAUGCCGCUCUAUCGCAACUACAUCUUCACCCGGUCAUUCUUCUCUGGAUGGACCACGGUCGCGAUCAUCUGGCAAUUCUGUGCCUUUUUCGCCGUAGUGGUCUAUCCGCUGUACGACGGGCGGUUCGAGAUUGCCAAAGGCGUACGGGGAGUGGUGUCCUCGACUCGCGAGUUCAUCGGCCGGCGGAGGGAGUAA